AACUUUUAUGUUAUAGUUUAAUUGUAAAAAUGAGUACAAGUAACAUUUCCCUACCAGUAGACACAGAAACUCCCACAAAAGAAGAUGUUCCUUUUGCUGUUCCAUUAUCUCCAAAACAUAUUUCAACUAGACACAGACAAUUUAGUAUACCAAGUCCAAUACCAUGCAGAAGAACAAGAACAACAUCCGUAUCAAAAAUGGCUGCUGAAAGUGACCUUUUGAAUGGUACUGUUGUUUCCUUUUGUCGUGAAAAAGGUCAUGGAUUUGUAAAACCUGAUAAUGAAGAGAGAAAUGUUUUUUUACAUAUUUCAGACAUUGAGGAUGAAUAUGUUGUACAAACUGGAGACCGAGUUGAAUUCCGCACAAUUCCGAUGCCUCCCAAAUGUGUUGAAAGAAUGGCAGUUGAAGUCAGGUUAAUUGAAUUAGACAAACAUAAACCACAUCAAAGAUGGGACAACAAAUCAGACUUUUAGUUUUAUCCUAGGAGUUCUUUAAUUUGUAGUGAUUGAAUAGUGUUAUGUAUUUCAAACAAUGGAAAUAUUUAACUUUUAUCUGUGA